UAUAAUGUGAACAAAAUGUUCUAAACGGAGAUUUACAUGAUGGCAUUAUCAAAUUCUCUUCAGAGUGGACAAAUUCCAAUGCUCUGUCAGAUGUGUGAGGAAUCUAAUGAGAUUAAAUGGAAAUGUAUACAAUGUAACUUUCUCUUGUGUACAAAAUGUCAAAAACUUCACAAGAAAGUAAAAUCUGACAACCAGCAUACCAUCAUAGACAUAAUGGACAUUGCUACACAUCAAGAAGAAGUAAAUGAUCAACCAGACAUAAAUAAUAUUCCAUGUAGUGUUCAUAAUGGACAAAACUGUUGCCUGUUUUGCCAGACAUGUGAAGAAGUUAUCUGCCCUUUAUGUAUUCUUAGCACUCAUGCCAAACAUAAAAUGACAAAAUUAGAUGAAGGAUACAAGUUAACAUUGAAAGCUAUCAAAAAUUUUCAUUCUGAAGUUGAAGAAACCAUUUUACAAACUGAGAAGGUAUUAUCUAGACUGAAUGUAAAGGAAUCAUCUGAAAUAUCAAAAUAUGAAACGGAAAGGCAGAAAAUUCUGAAACGGGAAAGAGUUUUAAAGAAAGAAGUUGAAAAGCAUACAAAGAAUCUUUUGACUGAACUUGAUCAACGUAGGGAUCCUCUAAUGACAUCAGUUCAGGAUGAAAAAAAUAAAUCAGAGAAGAUGAAAAAAGAUUUAGAAAAUCGUAGAGAGAGUCUAAGUUAUUCCAUUAGUCGGAACAAUGCAAGUGAAGUUUUCAACAUAUUUAAACAGGAAAGAGUAAUUAGAGCAGACAGGAAACAGAAGGUAGAACCAGUCAACACUAAGUUAAAGGGAUUGCCACAAUAUGUACCAGGACAACAACCAAUUUUGAUAGCGCAGCAUGGAGAAUUGACUGAACUAAAAGUUGAUGAUGACCAGACAACCCUAAAUUUCAAGUGGUACAGCAAUUUAAAACUAAACUGAGACUUAUUGACAAUUUAGUCUGCUGUGAAGAUGGAACACUGUGGAUAAACCACUGGUGUAGUAGUAUAUUACAGAAGAUACGACUAAACACAGGAUCAG